AUGUCGGUGGCCAGAAGGGUAUCUCUGUGGCUGGACCCCGCGCGGCGUGUCCGCGGCCAUAAACCAUCUCUCGAUUCUCCUCACCCACCGCACCGCACCGCCCCGCCCGCCGGCUUCCAAGCGCAACCAGAAAAGCAAGCCAUGUCGCGGUGGCGCACCGUCGCAUCCCGCCUCUCCGCCCCCCACCUCCUCUCCAGGGCCUUCUCCAAGCCUCCGCCGCUUCUUCCCCAGCCUCUGUCUAGGACCUUCUCCAAGGCCGCCGCCACGUCGCACAGCCCUAGCGCGGCCUCCUCUGCCGGCCCGAGGCCCGAGGUCCGACUGAAUUCUAUGUUCCUGUCCAAGCCUUCUUCACUGGCACUGCCUCCUGAUUCUCCUCUUAGAGCAGAAGAUCCACACUAUGAGGGAAUUAAGCGCUUGAUGCUCACACUGCUGCUGUUCUACAGUAAGCAAAGCAAGUCCAUCAGAGGAGCAAACACUGUUUAUCACCGCAUCACUUCUCAUGUUGACAAGCCUGAUAUCUAUGAAGUGUUUCAGUUGGAGAAAACAUUUAAAACAACAUUUUCAUUGCUUGUUCUCCAUAUGUGGCUCGUUCUACGUCGCUUGAAGGAAGAAGGAAAGGACGGUGUUAAAUUUGGACAGUACAUCUAUGAAACUUACAAUCAUGAUGUGGAGCUCAGAGUUUCUAAGGCUGGGGUCAACUUGCUAUUGACAAAAUGGAUGAAAGAGCUAGAAAAAAUAUUCUAUGGGAACAUUGUGAAAUAUGAUACUGCAAUAAGCCCAGAAGCAAGCCAGGAUGAUCUUGUAAAUGUCAUCUGGAGGAAUGUGUACGCUGACGAAGGUUCAGAGCCUAUGGACGCAGCUGCUACCCCUGCUGUCCAGGCAUUGGCAAGAUAUACUCGGAGGGAGGCAACUUGCCUAUCAUUGACAGAUAAAGAAGCUGUGUUCUCUGGCAACUUCAAGUUUACGACCGUUUUGCCAACCGUCCCCAGCCCAGUGAAGCGACGUCGAUGA